AUGCCGGGCAUGAAGCUGUUAAGAUCUUCCGUGAUUGCUGGAAUGAUGGCAAGGGGCGGCUCUCAGCCGGAUGCCGUCCACAAGGUGCUUGCAGAGCUGGGUUUCCCUGAAGUUGAUCUGGAAGUUCAGAAGCUGUGCUCCCUGGAGGGCUUCAGCUGCGAUGCGCACCAGCGGCUCGUCCGCCUGGACCUGUCGCUUCGGGACCUUCGGGGGCGACUCCCCAAGGAGCUGGGCGAGCUUGAGGCGCUCGAAGAGCUGGACCUGAUGGGCAACCAGCUGAAAGGUGAGAUUCCCAAGGAGCUUGGCCAGCUUAAGAAACUCAGAGAGUUGGAGCUUUCGAAGAACCAGCUGAAUGGCCCAAUCCCUCAUGAGCUUGGGCAGCUCCAUUUGUUAGAACGGCUUUUGUUGGGUCAGAAUGAGCUCGUGGGUGAAAUCCCUUCUGAGCUUGGCCAACUGGAGCUGUUGGAGGAACUGACUUUGGCGCGAAACCAACUUGAAGGUUCCAUUCCUCCAGAGCUUGGCAGGCUCACGGCCUUGGAGGUCUUGGAUUUGUCUCAGAAUCGGCUGACAGGCCCAGUGCCGGAGGAGCUCUGUGAACUUCAGACUCUUGAUUGGUUAGACCUCUCGCAGAAUCAGCUGGCUGGCGAGCUUCCAGCUUCACUGGGCCAGCUGGAGAGCUUAGAGAAGUUGGAUUUGUCUGAGAAUCACUUUCAGGGCCCAAUCCCUGCAGAUCUGGGCCAUCUCUCCUCCCUUGUCAUGCUUGACUUGCUGGGCAAUCGGCUUUCAGGGUCGAUUCCACCCGAGCUGCGCGGCUUGCGCCUGUUGCGCGUGCUGAGCCUCGCAGAGAACCAGCUGACGGGGGAGAUCCCGUGGCAGCUGUCAGAGCUGAUGAACUUGGAAGUGCUGAGCUUGGAGAAAAAUCACUUGGUGGGUGAGAUUCCCCCGCAGCUGGGCCAGCUCAAGUCCUUGAAGCUACUGCACCUGAGUUGGAAUCAGCUAGUGGGUGAACUCCCUGGGGAAAUUUCAGAGCUGGAGUCUUUGGAAGAGCUGGCACUGGCUGAAAACCAGCUGGGAGGUGCCAAAUCCUUGGCUUCUUUUUGGACGCUGCCACAUCUUCAAGUUUUAGAUCUCAGCCACAAUUCCUUCAGUGGAGAGCUCGGGUGGGGAAACCAGCAGCACGAAGCCGCGAGUCGCUCCAAGUCGAAGCUCCGGCAUCUGGAUCUGAGCCACAACCAAUUUCACGGCAGUCUCUUUGGACUGGCAGAGGUUUUUUGCGCCAGCCCUGUGGGUGGUGUCUUGCAAGAGCUUCGGCUCAACCACAACGACUUCACAGGGGAUGUGCCAGCAUGUUUGAUGCAAUUUCGCCGUUUGACUCUACUGACGCUCAACAAUAACCAUUUGCAGGGCUCACUUCCGGACGUGAAUGCCACGGACCUGGUGGUUUUAGCCUUGCACCAGAACCACUUGUCUGGUGUGCUUCCCAGCCUUCACCAGCUACAGCACCUGGGUGUGUUGACGUUGCACGAGAACUCCAUCGGGGGUUCCAUCAGUGACUUGAGCUUAAGUGCCAUUUGUAUGGACAACUCUAAGUUCCGCAUGGAGGGAAGGGGCUGCAAGGAGCUCAAGAUGAUGAAGAGUUGGUUCAAAUACUCCGAGGAGCAAGUGCAGCGCAUUGAGAGCAACUGCCCCAGCUGGAUUGGUUGCCCCAGCACCGGACGCGCGAACGUCACCUUGCACCGAAACCGCUUCUCCUGCAGCGUGCCGGAGCGCCUGGGGAAUGUGAGUGUGAUCGGCUUAGUGAUCAUGGGCAAUAUGCUGGGCUUGGGGCGCGAGCUGAACUCCUCUUGGAUUCUACCAGAAGAGCAGCAGUCCUUUCUGUACUACUCCUACGAGGUUUGGACAUCCAACAUCUAUGCCUUGGGAGGUUUUCUCCUGCUGCUCUUCUUCGUGCUCUUGUGCCAUUUACCGCAGCGGCGGCGGGUGCAGGAGACAUCACGGAACCUGGACGUGAGCACCACAGCUCGAGUGGUUUCUUCAAACCUGGCCUUGUUGAAAGCAGCCCGUGCGGUCUUUCUGCUCGCCAGCCCGCUGUUGAUGCUUUUUUGGUGCAGCGGAAGAUACUACGAAUGCAGCCCGCCCCUGUGGCAAACCACCGCUGCAAACUUCAAAGCUGAGCCUCUACCGGAGCUUGCUGUCACGGGCUGCUGGUGUGCGAUGCUGCUGCUGUUCCGAGUAAUCUUUGCCAGCAUGCCGGGAACGCACUAUGCUGGUUCUACCCAUUUCCACGAAAGAGAGCCCAGGAGACCUCUUUUGGGCCGCGCUCGCCGAGUUCUCGUCUGGCUCCUUUGGGUGUUCAUUGUGGCGACGUUCUCCCUGCCAUCGGUUCUCUAUGCCUUUGCUCAGUCUCUGCCGGCACACAACACCUCUGGCCUCGACGAGGCCUUGUUGAAGCUGGUCCAUGGAGCUGCGCCGGCACUCACCGUGUUGAUUGAUAUGGUCUUGGCCGUCCCAGUCUCCGCACAGUAUUCCUUCUUGACUGGAGUCAAGACGGAUCGAUUGUUGAUGACCUUCCGACUCUUUUCCGCAUGGCUACUACCAGUGCUCAUCACCGUGAUACUAGAUGAAAACUGCCUUUCGGGGUGGAAGUGGACUUGGACGGUCUGCCAAGAAGGCUCGGCUGAGAACCAGUACUUCUAUUGGAGUAUCUAUGGUGAAGAGAUUCUGAAUACCCGAAGGGAUAUUUGCAACCUAAGCCAGACUUGGUGGUCUGAUGGCUGCUGCAGCCGUGCCAUUGUGGGGAAUUUAACGCCUUUUCUACUGAAAAAGCUGCUGGUGCGAAGUAGCAUGCAGCCGUUGAUUUCGUGGCUGAUGUGGCGGCUUUCACGCUUAGAGCACCAAGAGGACCCGCAAAAGGGGCGUCAUCUCAAGCUGUUUGGUUUUGGUCCCAAAACAACCAGCUCUUUACAUCCGUUGCAGCAAAUGUCACUGCUGACGACCCAGAUGGAGCUCUUGGCUUUCUGGACACCAUUCAUCCCUUUACUGAGCCUUGGUAUUCUGGGUGCUGGCACGGCCAAUCUGCUGAUUUUCGACCUUGGCGUGUGGGUCUUCAGAGUGAAGCUUCCUUCCGAUGAGAUGAACAGAAACGCAGGCUUGUCCAGGUCAUACUUGAGCUUCGCCCUUAUUGCUGGCUGCUGCUUUCAGCUCUGGCAUGCCUUCAGCACACAAAUGUAUGGGCGAUAUGUACUGCUGAUCUUCAGUCUUGCGGUCAUGGGGCCAUGGGCGAAGUGUCUGCUGCCCAUCGAGUCUGCGAGAGGGCUGUUCUGGGCCGAUGCAGAGAAAGCCAGCGAGACAGAGUUUAUUGAGAUGGCGAUCCGCAUGGAUAUGGAUGAAGCUCUUUAG